CCCCUUCCCAAUAGUUGGAAUCGAUGGGGCAUUAUGAGACCAACAAAUGAAACAGAAGUUUGGGAAUUCAUGCUUUUGGGUUUUUCUAAUCAUCCAGAAAUGGAACCUUUACUCUUUGCAAUCUUCUUCUUUCUAUAUGCUGCAACCCUUCUUGGGAACAUUAGUAUAAUUUGCUUGGCCACAGCAGAUCCCCAUCUGCAUACUCCCAUGUAUUUUUUCCUUCAACACUUGGCAUUUCUGAACCUUUGCUACACCACUGCUGUGGUCCCCAAAAUGUUGGCCAACCUGAUAUCCACCAAGAAAACUAUAUCAUAUCAUCUGUGCAUGCUGCAAACCUAUAUCUCCCUCUUUAUGGGAGCAGCAGAAUGUCUCCUUCUAGCAGUGAUGGCAUUUGACCGCUAUGUAGCAGUGUGCCAUCCCUUGCGUUACACCACAAUAAUGAGCUACCGUGUUUGUGUGAAGACUGCAGCAGCAUCUUGGACCAUCAGUUUUCUAGUCUCUGUGGUUCCACUCUACUUAUCUUUGCCCCCUCUUUGUGGACCCUAUGUUAUUAAUCAUGUUUUCUGUGAGGCUCCCAUUCUGCUGCACAUGAUCUGUACUGAUACCACCUUAAAUGAACUUCUGAUGUUGAUAGGGGGUGCAGGCACUUUAAUGCUGCCCUUUAUCCUGGUUCUGGUGUCCUACGGCUACAUCAUUGCUGCUAUCAUCAGAAUCCGUACCACUAGUGGCAGACACAAAGCUUUUUCCACAUGCUCUUCCCAUCUAACAGUAGUGACCAUCUAUUAUGGCACAGGAAUGUUCAUGUACAUGAGGCCAAAAUCAUUUUACUCCCCUGAGAAUGAUAAAAUGAUUUCUAUAUUUUAUGCAGUAAUCAAUCCUAUGCUAAAUCCCAUUAUAUAUAGUUUCAGGAACAAGGAAGUCAAAGAGGCAUUAAUGAGAGCUUUAGGAAGGAAUGUAUUGAACAAGACAUAAUAGCAAUAUGUAUUGUUAACAAUGGAAGAGUGUUCAUCAGUGGUACUGUAUUUUAAAAUAUGCAUUAAA